AUGCAUACCGACUCUGUAUCCCAGCCAGAGAUUAUCAAAGUCGAACACCCCGUUCGUGGCGAUGAUACGCGCGCGUGGGGCCCGCCCUUCGCACCUUACAAUGACGGUCGAAAGGGUGAUGGCGAAAGCGCAUAUUACCUCUCCGUAGGAACCCCCAGGCGCCUUAUGCCGUAUGCACUUAUAUUGACAAUAUUCAAGGUCAAUCGCAAUAAGAAGUCACUCGGCCUAUCCUUUGCCCACCCAGAAGGCGUCGAGAUCUUGCACCAACUUGCCCGCGACUGCGACGUUCUGGUCGAAAACUACCUCCCUAACUCCCUCAAGAAAUACAACCUGGACUACGAAUCGAUACGCAAGAUAAACCCACGUCUCAUCUAUACAAGUAUUACAGGCUAUGGACAAACAGGCCCUUAUAGCAAUCGGCCUGGAUUUGACGUGAUGGUGGAGGCUGAGUUCGGACUCAUGCAUUUGACUGGUACGCGCGAUGGUCCGCCGGUCAAGGUUGGCGUUGCGGUAACUGAUUUGACAACGGGACUAUACGCGUGCAACUCGAUUAUGGCGGCGUUGUUGGCGCGUGCAAACACCGGAGAGGGUCAGCAUCUUGAUGUUUGUCUGAGUGAUUGUCAGGUCGCGACACUCGCGAAUAUGGGAGAGUCGGUGUUGAUUAGUGGGAAGAAGGACUCUGGGAGGUGGGGGACUGCUCAUCCUUCUGUUGUACCCUACCAGGGGUUUAAAACUGCGGAUGGAGAUAUCUUCGUUGGCGGUGCUAAUGAUCGUCUAUUUGGGAUUCUGUGUGAUAAGGUCGGCAAGCCAGAGUGGAAGACUGAUCCCCGCUUCGUGACCAACAAUGAACGCGUCAAUAAUCGAGCCGUGUUAGAGCCUUUGAUUGAAGCUGAACUGGUCAAGCGCACGACGAAGCGGUGGCAGGAGAUCUUCGAGGGAAGUGGGCUGCCAUAUGCCGCCGUGAAUGAUAUCCAAGGAACUAUGAACCAUGAGCAUGUGCAGGCUCGUGGUAUGGUCCAGACUAUUGAUCACCCGGCUUGUGGUCCGAUCAAGGUAAUUAGUCCACCGGUGAAGUAUUCAAAUGCGGAUCCCAGCAUCCGUAGCCCGCCUCCUUUGCUCGGGGAACACACGGAUGAGGUACUUUGCAACAUUGGUAUGACUACUGAGCAGGUUGAGGAGCUGCGAGGCAAGGGUGUUGUUGCAUAA